AGAGUUAAGGGUGAAGAGUGAACACAGAACCGCAUAGGCGCAUAGUGAUGGAAAUGGUAAGUGUUCACUCAGUAGUUGCGUUUCUGCAUUCACAAACACACGUUGAAAGGCUCAACAGUAGAGUUUUCUUCCCCUCCACAAGAGUCACAACUCCAAGGAAGGUGAAGGUGAAGGUCCCACUUCCUCGUUAUCAUCAUCCAAAUCGCAUAAGCAACGGUGGUUGGAGUAAUAGAACACGUGUCAUCAUAAACUCCACUUCUGCUACUACCGCUACUUCCACAGUAAUUUAUGAUGCUGAGGUGGAAAAGAUAAAGCAGAAGUGCCUUACAUGGCUAUGGAAGGGACAGUAUUCCAUCAACUACUUUGUUUCUUCUGAUGCAGAUGAUUCUCCUCAGCAGUUACACGCCAACCACCCUCCUUUGUUACUUGUUCAUGGCUUCGGUGCUUCCAUUCUUCACUGGCGCAGGAAUGUCAGGACACUGGCCCAGAAUUAUACUGUUUAUGCUAUUGAUCUUCUUGGUUUUGGGGCUUCCGAUAAGCCUCCAGGAUUUCAAUAUAACAUGGAAACAUGGGCUCAGUUGAUUUUGGACUUCUUGAAUGAAGUUAUUCAGAAGCCAACUGUGCUAAUAGGAAACUCUGUUGGAAGUCUUGCUUGUCUCAUUGCUGCCUCAGAUUCAAGUCAAACACUUGUCAAAGGAAUUGUGCUGUUAAAUUGUGCUGGUGGCAUGAACAACAAAGCAAUUGUUGAUGACUGGAGGAUCAAGUUACUAUUACCCUUGCUUUGGCUGUUUGAUUUUUUAUUGAAGCAAAAGAGAAUUGCCUCAGCAAUUUUCGAGCGUGUUAAACAGAGAGAGAACUUAAGAAACGUUUUGAAUUCAGUGUACGGAAAUAAGGAGUCUGUGGAUGAAGAAUUGGUGGAGAUCAUUAGGGAACCAGCAGAUGAUCCAGGAGCCUUAGAUGCAUUUGUAUCCAUUGUAACGGGGCCACCAGGGCCUAAUCCGGUGCAGUUGAUGCCAAAAAUUUCCUUGCCUGUUUUACUUUUAUGGGGGGAUCAAGAUCCUUUUACUCCAAUUGAUGGACCUGUUGGCAAGUACUUUUCUUCAUUGCCUUCUCAUCAAGAAAAUGUUAAACUCUUCUUACUUGAAGGGGUUGGACAUUGUCCCCAUGAUGACAGGCCUGACUUAGUACAUGAAAAAUUGCUUCCCUGGCUGGCAAGUCUUUCAAAUUCAUAACACACUGUGAAUUACUCACAAGCUGCAACGGUUGUUGGAACCUUUCAUUGUUUAAUCAGUGACUCCCUCAUCUAUAAUUUCCACAUACAUUCCUUUUGUAUAGAUUAUGAUCAUAUUUUUACUUGUAUUCAUAUAUGCACCACCAAUGUCCAAUUGUCUUAGAAUAUAGAUUAUGUUCAAAAUGCAUUGAAUCAAGGUUAUAAUGUGGUCUGUAAAAGUUGAGAUGCCGUAUCAAACUGGAUAGAAAAUAUGAUUGAAAGAAAAAACAUUAUAUUAUUUCACUAUGUUUGAGAUAGCACAAAUGGGCUGUUCAUGUACAGAAUCGAUCAUCUUCAAAGUACGGAUAUCCUGGAUCUGACACAAUUUGGGAUAGAAAAUAGGCUUACAUUGCAGCUGAUUAGUGAGCUUGGAAAUAAAAAUAAGAUUG